UUCAAUUGCAAAAUAAACUUGAAAGUUGUAAUAAUUCAGGAGUGCUUCGAUCGAUCAGAAGGUAGAUUAAUAAGUGCAGUAUAUAUUAAUUCUUUGAGAUGGAAGGAGAGAGCAGCGUCGUUCCACCGGGUUUCAGGUUUCAUCCCACAGAAGAAGAGCUGGUGGGCUACUACCUUGCGAGAAAGGUAGCUUCUCAAGAGAUUGAUUUAGAUAUCAUUCAAGAUGUCGAUCUUUAUCGAAUAGAACCUUGGGAUCUUCAAGAUAAGUGCAAGCAUGGAGUACAUGAGGAGCAAAAAGAAUGGUACUUCUUUAGCUUCAAGGAUAGGAAGUAUCCAAGUGGGACGAGGACGAAUAGAGCUACUUCAGCUGGAUUUUGGAAGGCAACCGGUCGAGACAAGCCGGUGUUAUCGAAGUUUAGGGUAAUAGGGAUGCACAAAACGCUUGUCUUCUAUAAGGGAAGAGCACCAAAUGGGAAGAAAACCGAUUGGAUCAUCCAUGAAUAUUGUCUUCAAUCCAAUGAAAAUGACCCAACUCAGGAAGAAGGAUGGGUUGUUUGUAGAGCAUUCAAGAAGCCAAACCCCAAUCAAAGGCCUAAUUUGGACAGUUUAGGGCACAAUUACUAUCAAGGGUGCAGAUAUAAAUCAGAUGCUGAGCACCUCUACGAAUAG